GGCUCUCCUAUUUAAGGCUCGUUGGAGUAAUAACAAACUGAGUCAUUGAGAACUCGAGUCUAAUCUAUCAUCGAAGAAAAGACGAUCGAUCAAAAAAGCUUUUAAAAAAGAAGUCAGUCCACCUCAUAAUAAAGUUUAUCUUGUUCUCCUUAUCUUGAUGAGGAAUGCACUGUACACACCGGGUGAUUAAAAACCAAAAAACAUGUCUGGAUCAUUGAAAGACUUUGUGAAAACUGUGAAAGGAAAUGUUCCUAUUUCCGAACUCGGUUUGACUCUAACGCACGAGCAUUUGAGCUUGGAUUAUGAAAAAUUCUACCUCCAGCCGCCGGCCCAAUUGAAAUUGGCUCUUGAUGCCACGAUACGGCUCGACACAGUCGGAUUCAUCAAACAGUAUCCUUAUUCAAACUACGACAACAUCAAGUUUUACAACGUACAUUCAGAGAUUUUGGAAGAGAUGAAAAGAUACAAGAAGUUCGGCGGAGGCACGAUUGUCGAGAAUACGAGUAAUGGAUUAAAAAGGGACUUGGAACUUAUGAAGAAAGUUGCUGAUACUGGUGUGCAUGUCAUCGCUGGAACAGGGUAUUAUGUUGAGCAUUCUCAACCAUCUGGUGACAGGAGACUGUCCGUGGAAGAAAUGUGCGAUACGAUUAGAAAGGAAAUGAGCUUCUGCGGAUUCAUCGGCGAAGUCGGAAGUUCAUGGCCGAUAACAGAAUUUGAGAGAAGGUCGAUUCAAGCGACUGGUAUAAUGCAGGACGAGCUGAAAUGCAGCGUCAGCUUCCAUCCAGGCAGGGACAACUACGCGCCCGAGGAGAUAAUGCGAAUCUACACCGAAGCGGGGGGAUCUGCCGAAAAGGCCAUCAUGUCUCACGUAGAACGGACUUUGAGCAACGUUGAACAGAUACUCGAAUUCUCAAAUCUCAACUGUUAUUGCCAGUUCGACCUGUUUGGCAUUGAAUGCUCGUUUUAUCAGUUCAAUGUGAAGCAGGACAUGCCGUCCGACGCUCAAAGAAUCGACUACAUCAAGGCUUUAAUCGAAGAAAAGAAACUAGAGAAAAUCUUAGUCUCUCAUGACAUCCAUACAAAACACCGUCUGAGUCAUUAUGGAGGACAUGGAUAUUCACAUUUGAUCACGAAUGUCUUUCCUCAAAUGAAGAAUAAAGGUAUGCAGGACGAUCAGAUCAAUCAAAUCAGCAUUAAAAACCCUUCGAAAUGGCUUUCAAAAUCUUGAUUUACAUAGAUAUUUAUUUAUACAGAAAAAUACAAUAAAAAAAAAUUGAAUCAAG